UAGGAAUGGUUUAGUGCUGUUCUGAUAAUGGAUAGGGUAAGAUAUAAUGGCUGCACAACCAACAGCUGAGUUUCCAGAGAGAAGACGUAAAGAAGACAACUUAUUGAGGUCGCUCAUACACCAGGGAUUAGAGACUAUAAAAUUUGACGAUGUGAGGUAUACACACGAGCUGAUUGGGGAAGGGUUUUGGGGUGAGGUAUUUAAGAUAACGAGUGGUGACAAUGUUAUGGUGUUAAAGACGUCCAAAGCAGGUGUCAGCAGUGGAACUAUACAAGGAGAGCAGCUUACUUUAAAUGAGGUGGAGAUAAUGAGGACACUCCACCAUCCUAAUAUUGUGAGGUUUUUGGGGUGCUGUGUUACGGAUAAGGGCCAGCUGUAUCCGCUACUUGAGUUCAUAAAUGGAGGUACGCUAGAGGAUUUCCUUAUGAACGAAAGUAUUGAAAUACCUUGGAUAACACGGUUUACGAUCGCUUCCAACAUUUCCAAUGGAAUGAAAUACCUGCACAACCACAACAUCAUGCACCGGGAUCUUACUAGUUCGAAUAUACUGCUGAGGAUCGCGGAAGCUGCAGACGAUGUUCAAGUGGAAGCCUUGAUCUCAGACUUUGGACUUGCCAAGGACAUGAAGAUGAAGGAAAGAACUUUGUCCCAAGUAGGAAGUGUGGAUUGGAUGGCACCUGAAGUCAUCAUGGGGAAGCAAUACAACAAGAAAGCUGAUGUUUUCUCCUACGGUAUAAUCCUGUGUGAGAUGAUUGGCCGGUGCGAGGCUGACCCUGAAACUUCUGUCAUCCGCACCAUCAGCUUUGAAGUGGACUUUGAUGACUUUACCGUGAGGUCGUGCGAGGGUUGCCCGCCUCAGUUUCUGGACUUGGCUAAAGCUUGCUGUCAGCCCGUUGGAGGUGCGUUCUCCCGAUAUUACCAACCCGGCGCUACUACAAGAGUUGGCUCGACUGAAUGA